AUGCAGCUUUUCAUUUUCGCAUUGCUCGCACAAUUCACAAUAGGCGUCAUGGGUGAGAAGUUCAUCGUCGAGUUUGGCAGCAGCAAGGAUGAAGACAGAGAAGAAUUGAUCAGCAAAUUAACUGCUGACGGAAAGACGACAAUCGUCAAACGUUUCGAUCAUGUAAUUCUCUCCGGUGUUGUAAUUGAGACAGGCAACCACAAUCUCGACACGCUUCGAAUGCUUCCGAAUGUGGGAAAUGUGUGGUCAUCAAGGAACGAGGGUCUCCUGUCACAGCUCAGUGACUCAAGAUCGUAA